UCUCCUCUGUUUGGUUUUGUUUGUCUCCGUCUUUGAAGCAACUUUGGCGUUGCGACUUCGUCCUCCGACGAACAAGUACAAAUGCGUCGAAGUUGGACGUCACUGCGAGAAGCCCGUCUGUGGCAUGACGACGUGUACAGUGAAAGAAAAGUGCUGCUUUAGAUACUACAAUUGCUACAACAGACAGAGAGUGGUAAAGUCGUGCGCACCGUUUUACUGUGAAAACGGUGGAACACGCAUUCCGCAGAUAGGGAAGCGUGACGUUGCCCCGCCAGGGGCCGGGUGCGAAAUACCAACCCCAGUCUGUCGGUGUCCUCCCGGUUUCAGUGGACGUUGCUGUCAAAUUCGGGAUCCCAUCGACCCUUGUAAGAACAAGACAUGCGGCUACGAAGAAGUAUGCAAGCUGCAAAAUGUGCAAUGCGUGACGACACCGUGUCAUCAAGUAGCAGUCUGCGUUUCGCUCAACCCGUGCAAGCACACGAAAUGCGGUCCCGGACAAGAAUGCAAGCUACAAACGGUACAAUGCGUGACGACACCAUGUCCUCCAAUAGCAGUCUGUGUUCCGGUCAACCCGUGCAAGCACACGAAAUGCGGUCCCGGAGAAGAAUGUACGGUACAAGCGGUAAUAUGCAAGAAAAAACCAUGUCCUCCAAAAGCAGUCUGCGUUCCGGUCGAUCUGUGCAAGGACAAACUAUGUCCCAAAGGAGAAGUAUGCCAGCUUGUACCGAUAGUAUGCGUGACGACUCCUUGCCCACCAAACUUCGAAGCAGUCUGCAUACCAGCAGAAGUGAGGCCUGGAUUUUGUCCUCCUAAUGAUAUCAUCGGUAUCUGUCAAGUGACAAAAGACGGCUGCUUGAGUGACACUCAAUGCGAUAUCAAUGAGAAAUGCUGCAGUCGAGGAUGUGGUCGACAGUGUGUGCCUGUGUUAACCAAUCCUUGUGCUGCUAUACUCUGCCUUCAAGAUCAAAUUUGUGUUGUGCAAGACAAUGGUGAAGGAAAAUGCGUCCCACAACCAGUUUUUACCACUCCACCAACAUCAUGAUGACUUCAGAAACUUCAUGACUGAGUGAUUGCGGUCACUAGAAUUGUCACGUAAUCUGCAUGUUUUUAGUUUAGCGUCUUCAAUUGUAUUAACUAAUUUCAAUGUGACUCAUCGUCUGUAUCGUGAAAAACGUGUUACAAAAAAUUCUGUGUCUAAGUAAACAAUAGAAUCAAGAUUUGUUAGACGUUUACUGCAAACUGAAGAUUGGAAUCGAAUCAUUAACUUGAGAUUUUGAAGAUACAAAA